CUACAUUAGCUGGAAAAAUUAUAAAGACAUGGCGAGUUAAGGCCAUUAAAACAUUUAAUUAGUACUUUAUUUAGGCGUUAAGCAAAGCGCAUUUGCUUACAAAAUUGUGCAAAUAACAUACAAACAGACGCACGUCGAGCAACGUUUGAAUUAAGGCUAAAAUUCCAAUACAGACCUUGAGUGUGGGCUCACACAUACACAAUACACACACAAACACACAGACUGCAGGUACUAACACACGGACAGCUUAAACGGGUUGAAAACGUCACAGUGUUCCUGAAGUGUUUUUGCAGCUGCUGGUUUGAUCAAAUUACCAAAAAAAUACACAAUACGCAGCUGAAACAAAGGGCGCAAUAACAAUAACAAAUAUGGUGAAUGUGCCGCCGCCGCUUUUAUGCAGCACGCCACCCCCGAUUGAUUUCGGUGAGGAUGAUGACGACUCGGGGCUACAAUCGACGCUUCACUUGGAAGACGUUGACACCGACGAGUUUGCUGAGUAUGGCUUAGUCACCGAAGCGAAUGCUAAAGCGGAAAUACCCAUACCCACAACAGAGCUAAGCAAUGGGCAUAUCAAAACAGCAGCUGCCGAGCCCACAGCGGAAGCUUUCAAUUAUGAACUCAAAGCAGGUGACUAUCAGCAUAUGUAUCAGCAACAAUUGCCAUUGGAGGAGCUAGAAGCAGAUGCAGAAGUUCAAGCGCACGAUAAUAUGCCAUCCCUCAAGCUAGACAGCCUAAGUCUAUACUCCAGAAGUGAAAGUGUCUCGCCCAGCGGCACGCUGUCGCCCGUAAGCGAUGAGCAGUCGCCUGCGACAGAUGAACAAGCGCCCGUGGUCACGCUGCAGGACAUCACCGAUGACAGUGAUGAGGAGUGCUCGCCAAAGAAGCCCAAAGAACUUUAUAUACCUGAGGGUGCCGACAACUUUUUUGCCAUAGAAAUUGUAGGCGCAAAGUCCGCCGCACCUAAUCCACCAGCAAAACCUGCGUUAAACCAAAUAAAUGAAGUUGCAACGGCAGCAACACAAGCUGCUGCUGAGGUGCAACAAUGUGAAGUAGCAGCAACAGCAGCUGCUAACGAGGAAUUCGAAGCUGAUGAUGAUGAUUUUGGCGACUUUGCGGACUUUUCAGCAGCGCCUGCAAUGGAAACACCGCCAGAGCCAAAGCCUGCGCAGCUGCAACAGCCGCAGCCAAUGGAGCUGCAGAGUCCAGAUGAUGGCUUUGAUGAUUUUCAGGACUUUGCAACAACAACAACAACAGUGGAAGAGCCAGCAAUAGCAGCAAGUGUAGCUCCAGUUGUUAGUGUAGCUAAUGCUGAUAUUGAGGAAGAUGAUGACGACGACUUUGGUGACUUCUCCGAGCCUGCAUUUGUACCUGCGCCGUCUGCGACGCCCACGUUGCCACAACCACCGCCACCAGCUGCAGCACAGCUAAGCCUAGACGAGCGUGUUAAGCCCAUAUUGGAGCUUAUGUUUCCCAGUCUUCAUACACAAGAGCCAGCAACAGUUAACAAGCUCACACCUCUAGCCGAUGCGCAGAGUUUGCAAUUUGGUGGCGUUGAGCAGGCGCAUGCACUGGAGUAUCAGUGGGCCAGCUCAGAGAUGCGACACUCCCUGGUGCGUUCGCUGGGCAUUGAUUCGCGCAAUAUUCUAUUUGGCGACAAGUGGAAUUCUUCCAUGCCACGCUAUGCUGCCAACUUGAGCUAUGAUCCACUGAAGCCGCUGUCAGCGACCGUUGCCACUCCUCUCGAGCCACAACCAGCUAGCAUGUCUAGCUGGCAGCCCAACCCAGCUGUUGCCACACUCGAAGAAUCACAUGUACAGACUUUACAAUUGGAACAACAACAAGAACAACCACAAGAACAACAACUAGACCAACUAACGAUGGUGGCUAAUGCUGAUAAAAUAAAUCUUGUUACCUCUAACUACUCCCACAAUAAUAAUAACAAUCACGAUGCCUUGGAUGCGCCACUGCCACAAAUGGAAACUACUAUUGUUAAUAAUACGACAAUCAACAAUGCGAAUGCCAAUGCCAAUCUCAAUCUCAAUACGAAUGCGAAUGCAAAUACGAAUGAAAUGCACAAUUUUGUUAAACAUUUUGCCACCAUCUUCAACAACAACAACAAUAACAAUAAUCAUGCCACAACAACAACAACUACUACAAUAAUAUUAACUAACACAAAUAUCACUGCUCACGACGCCUUGCUGGAACUUAGCCUUGAAACAGUUUCCGCCAGCGCCGCCACCACCGAAACACAAGCGAGCGAAGCUACGACGCAGUCUGGCGCUGCUGCUGGGCAAGACGAAAUCAACAACGCCAGCGACGAUGCCAGCGAAGCUACAGACAACAGCAAUAAUGACGCCGCAGCAGCAACAUCAGUAUUUGCUGCUGCAACAACAACAGCGACGCUAUCGUCUACUUUAUCAACAGACAGCAAUGGCCACAACUUCGACAGUCGAGCAGAGUUUUAUGAGCAGCAGCAGCCUGAACUAAGGCAAACCCCACUACACUCACCCACAGUUAGCAACAACAACAACAACAAUACAUACGCAUUGCCACUAAAGGAAACGCACAUCUAUACGCCCUCCAAGUCCGACACAGCGGUAGCCAAAACAACAACCAUAGCGCCCAUAGACUUUGACUACGAAAUCGCCUCAGCCGGCAUUAUCAUCGAUGAGACUGUGGUGAAGAAGGAAUAUCGCGAUGUGGAGUACAAACCACCUUAUAGCCUUGAAGCUUCCAAGCCAGCAGCUGCAGCAACAGGCAAAGCAGCAGCAGAGGACGAUGACUUUAGUGACUUCCAAUCGGUGCCUGCUGUCAAAGCCAACGCGCAGCUGCAGCCACCACGCAUUGGCACGCCCACAUUUGGCGAGCAAAUGAUACUAAGUCCAGCUGUGCUGCUGCCGCAAAGUAUACCGCUGGCCAAGCCCAGCAUCGAGUGGGGCGACAAUGCGCUGGCCAGCAUCAAUGCUGAGGAAAUGGCGCGCAUAGAGGAAUUGUUCUCAAAGCCGCCGACGAUAAGCGCAGCAGUGGCGCAGCAGCAGCCACAGGAAGAUGAUGAAUGGUCGGACUUUGUCAGCGUGCCUGUGCAGCAGCAACCACAACAACAACAGCAGCUGCCGCCUGUAAGCAAUCACAAUAAUAAUGUUGUCAAGUCAAAGCGUCAGCCAGCAACAGCAGCAGCAGCAGCUGCUGCUGUCAAAGACGAUGACUGGUCAGACUUUGUUAGCAGCACACCUGUGGCCGCAACUGGCGGACGCACUGCGCCGCAAUUUAAUUCUGGCGCCUGGCAAAGCGCCAACUUUUACAACAAUCCAUUGAGUCUCUAUAAGCAGCAGCAACAAGCGCCCACGCACAGCAAUCUAGUGCCGCAAUAUAACAAAACCAAUGGCAACAGCAAUAGCAACAACAAUAACAACAACAACAACAAUAGCAUGCCACAGCAGAUACACAUAAUGCAUGACUUUAGCACAGCGCCAACAGUUGCCACCGCCGCCACCUAUCAGCAGCAGCACCACCAACAUCAUCAGCAACAGCUGCAGCAGCAGCGCCAGCAAUUCCAGCUAGGCCAUGCCAAGGUGGCGCCACGCAUUAGCCUCAUACCCGACAUGAGCUUUGUGGCCCCAACUCUGCCACACAAUGCGGGCGCUUUUCUCAACGCGCUGCCCAAGUCCAGUUUCAGUGCCAAGAAAUGACAAAAGCUGCGCAAGUCACAAGCGCGGCUAUUGCCAGCGCCACGCCCCCUAGCGAGGGGCGAGGCCAGCGUGCUGACGUAAUUUCAGCAGCCAGUCGCGUCAGUAUUAUGCAUCCGUCUUAUUUAAACAUAACUAAGUUAACAGCUGCUUUUAUUAGCAACAAAACUAAAUUGUUAAUGUGCGUGUUUGCUGUUUGUUGUUGUUGUUGUUGUUAUUGUUGUUAAACUUAGGCUGUAGUUGCUAGUAGUCAAAGCUAGAUGGCGCCGUCGAAAUUAGUGCAAUAUGAAAAUUUUAUUUGGCAAGCAAUUGAGUUUUAUAUUAAUUUAGUGUGCAAAGUUAAAAUUGAUAUAUUUAGUACUUUUAUUGAAUUACCCACUUAUACAACUAAGCUAUGACUUUUUUAUACCCUAUCCAAAAUAUAUUUAUACACAAAUGUAUUAGCAACAUAAGCUUAUCAAUUUGUAUAGCCCCAGUUUAUUUUGUAAACCUAUUUUUGCUGUUUUAAGACAUUCCAAAAUACUCCAAGUCGCAUAAUUUUUUAUAUACUUACAUGUCUGCCUAUGUGUGUGUGUGCCUGUUCCAUUCCAUGUAUAUGUGUGCGUGUGUGUGUGCGUGCGUAGUUUAUAGUCUGCCAUGAUCUCUCCAAAGUGAAUAUAGAAUAAACGUAAGCCGCUUUGUAAAAGUUUCUUUGUGUUAAUAUGUUUCAUUUAUUUAUUUUGCUUUGAAGUUUUUCUUUUAAUGCUUUAAUGUCUGCGCUGUACGUAAAUUAAACUAUGUAUAAUAAAUUAUAACUAAUAUAUUUCAAUUGUUGCUGUAAACGUAAACUUAAAUUAUAGAUUUGUGUGUGUGUGCUUUUGAGUUAUGCUAACAAAUAAUUUUUAAAAACAAUUGAUUAAUGAACAUGAUAGAGAAAUGGUUUAC